AUGGCAGUGACCCCAAAGGGCAGUAUGUACACCUUGUACCCACCUCACCUGCUUCCCUUCGUACUGUCAGACUGUGAUGACUUUGUAGAAAGAGCCAGGGACUAUGGGGACAGCCUGCAGAAGUCUGUAUGCACUGUGCUGGCGCAGAGAGACCGGGACGCGGCCGCACCAGCGUCCACAGUAGAAACCCCACAAGGACACAGGCCACGUGCUGCUUAUGCUGGCCCCCAGCGAGCCUCCUGUGAGGACCCUGGAGGCCCUCGGGCUCAGCAGAUGGCUUUGCCGACUGCCAGCCUGGAGGACAAGGCAAAGCAUCCCCAGACGGAGAGCGGGAAGAGGCAAGGGCAAGAGGAGGGCUACCCCAGGGCUUUGCAGCCCAUAUCCCUCCCCCAGGAAGAGGGCAGUGGGAGGCCAGCGGGCAAGCCAGGACCGCGGGGACCCCGUGGAGAGCCGGGCCCGCCUGGACCCAGGGGCCCACCGGGAGAGAAGGGGGACUCAGGGCGGCCGGGGCUGCCUGGGCUGCAGCUGACCGCGGGCGCGGGCACGGCUGGGGGCGCCGGGGUGGUGGGCGGUGGAACCGGGGGUGGCGGCGACUCGGAAAGCGAAGUGACCAGUGCGCUGAGCGCCGCCUUCAGCGGCCCCAAGAUCGCUUUCUAUGUGGGUCUCAAGAGCCCUCACGAAGGCUACGAGGUGCUCAAGUUCGACGACGUGGUCACCAAUCUCGGCAAUCACUACGACCCCACCACUGGCAAGUUCAGCUGCCAGGUGCGCGGCAUCUACUUCUUCACCUACCACAUCCUCAUGCGCGGCGGCGACGGCACCAGCAUGUGGGCGGACCUCUGCAAGAAUGGGCAGGUCCGGGCCAGCGCCAUCGCUCAGGACGCGGACCAGAACUACGACUACGCCAGUAACAGCGUGGUGUUGCACCUCGACUCAGGCGACGAGGUGUACGUGAAGCUGGACGGCGGGAAGGCGCACGGAGGCAACAACAACAAGUACAGCACGUUUUCGGGCUUUCUUCUGUACCCGGAUUAGGGGCGCGGGGGCGGGGCGCGAGGUGGGAUAGUUCCUGGCCGCCCUGUCCCGGCAGGGCGCUAGGCUCCUUGCCAAGGGUUACUCCUGCUUCAUGACACUUCCUGACAUCUCCGUUGGAAAAGACAUAUU